UUCAUUAUUCCAUCGUUAAAAAACUAUCUAGCAAAAAUAAAUUUCAAUAAGUACAUUUUACGCCAGUUAUUGCAAGGCCAAAAUAAAAAAAUGUUGACAAAAUUUUUCCUCCUCGCCAUUCUCUCCCAAAGCUUUGGUCAAGUCUACGACAACACUUUUGACUGCGAAGACCAUAUUAGCGAAAGUAACGAAAAUGGUACCUUGGAGUACCACAAGUUUGUCACAACGCAUGUAAAAUUUUUCCUUUAUACUCCUCCCCCCGGUAAUGAAACAGUCGAACUCAAUUCGACUAAUUUACAUUUAGUAAAUAUGACCCAACCCACAAAAAUCAUCAUCCAUGGUCUCCAGUCAUACGAGAAUCAAAUAUGGGUGGACAAAAUGGUACAAAACUACCAUACGAAAGGCGAUUACAACAUCAUUGCUGUGGAUUGGUCUGUCAUCUCCUCUGAUGAAACUUUUUACCUCGUUUCCGCCGUCGAUGAUCUCGGUCAAUAUCUGGGGGACUUCAUCAUGGAAGUCACCCAAGACAACUACCAGUACCUCUCCGAUGUCCAUUUAAUCGGUUCGUCCCUAGGUGCUCAAAUUGCUGGAGCCGCUGGAAACGCAAUUUCUAACAAAACAAAUAAGAAAGUUGAUCGAAUAACCGGUUUGGACCCAACUCAACCGGAAAACUUGCAACUUUUGGAUGAAAACUCCGCGGAAUUCGUCGAUGUCAUACAUACGACGCUCUACUAUGACGAGGGAAGUUGUGGGACGGUUGAUUUCUAUGUCAUGGCUGAAGAACCACACCAACCCAUUUGUUAUAAUGAUACAUGUGGAGACCUCUUAGGAGAUGACUAUUACGCGGUCACUAUCAUCGAUGAGGAUAGAUUUUAUGGGGUUACAUGCUAUAAUGGUUCUCUCGCCGUUCAACGAUUGUGUAAUAAGGCCAAUUCGGCUGUUAUGGGAGAGUAUGUGCCAAGAAAUGUUUCCGGAAGUUAUUUGGUAGAGGAUUCAGCGACUGUGAAUUAUUCGGAGAGAAGAGUUUUGCUGUCUAUUUUUGCAACAUUUGUUUUGUUGCGUUUUAUCGUCUAGUUAUAAAAUAUUUGAGAUAUUUAUAAAUUUUAAGUCGGUUCAAGAAAGUAGCUUUUUAUUGCAAUUCUA